AUGAGCCGCGGUUUUAGCUUUGGGAAGCCCAUUUUGUGAAGGGGAAAACGAAGAGUGGAGGCGCGUAAAAUUGUGGUGGUGUGUGCAGGCAAAGAAGGGAGCGAAGUAUGAAGAUUGUAGCGGCUGUAUUGCUCGCUGCGUUGGGCGGUAACACCUCCCCUUGUGCAGACGACAUCAAAGGGAUCCUCGGGUCAGUUGGGAUUGAUUGUGACGAUGAGAGAAUAGAGCUUCUGUUGGGUCAGCUGAAAGGAAGGGAUUUGGCGGAAGUAAUAGCGGCAGGAAGAGAGAAGUUUGCAUCGGUUCCAUCAGGUGGAGGUGUGGCAGUUGCUGUUGCUGGCGGCGGUGGCGGCGGUCCAGCAGCUGCGGCUGCUGCCCCCGAAGCCGAAGCCAAGAAAGAAGAGAAAGUCGAAGAGAAAGAAGAGUCUGAUGACGACAUGGGCUUCAGUUUAUUUGAUUAGGGUUUGCCAGGCACAUUUGCUAAUGGCAUCAAUAUUUUGUAGUAGGAAGCAGUUUAAUGUAUGUCAAAUGGUACAAAACAUUCGAAUUUAUUUUAUUCGAUUUUAGUCACGAGGCUAAAAGACGGUUCAGGAUCAGAGUGAAUGAAAUGUAGCUUGAUAGGUUCUUUAAUAUAUGGUUUACUUUUAUGAUGCUUUUUCAUAAUUUUACUGGAUGUAUUUUUUAACUUAAAGCUUAUGAGAUGGGUUGACCUUUAAUUUUUGACCAA